AUGUCGCCUAAACUAAAGCCUCUCCUGCUGCCCCAGUUGGUUGAGCAGCGCAAACGAUCCGACUCGGCCUCCCAGAUUUCGAGCCCCGAUCCCAACGUCGUUGGUGUUUGGCCCUACGUCUUGCCUGCCACCAAUUCGUCUUGCUCCGACAUUACUUCACCCAUCACGCCCACCUUCUCUACUCGCGGCCAUGUUCGCAUGUCAAGCUCCUCCUCUUCGCUUGAUCUUCCUCAGCCCCCCCAGGAUGGCUACGUCUCGCCCUCGCUGCUUCCGGGCACCCUGACCCAAUCGUCUUCGCGCCAGCUGCCCGAUGUCGAGGAGGAGCCUCUUGAAAAGGAACUCUACCAGCAGAUAGACGAUUUGUCCGACGACGAGGAGGACAGCUUUGGUCUGUAUAGUUGUCUAUGUGACGAUGUUUGCCCUCGCGGCAACAGCUCGGAGGACCUUUUUGAUGGGGCCCUUGUGGGCGAAUUUGACAUUGACGACUACGAUGUUGGCUUUCUCAGUGACGGCGAUGUCAACAUCAACGCCUCAUACGGACAGAAGAAGCGUGCUGGUAUCGAGUCACAAUUAUCCGGUCUAGGUGCCCGUAUCGAGUCCCGGUUCCCUCAUAUUACACGAUGGAAGUCCUCCCGUCGGUCACGCUGGGCAAGUGUUGGCCCCAUGGAGUACAGCCUCGACAAUGUCCUAUCCCGAGCUCCCUCCAGUCGCUCGUCCUCCAUCUCCGCCCUCACCCGCCAAAACACAGAGGGGCUCAACGACCAUUCUAUCCCUCCCACUCCCGCACUGCCAUUUGGUAGCACCGAAAGUGUCAACAUCCCGUCCCUGACACCCAUUGUCACCGAUCAUGACAAAACCAGCAUUGAGAGGGAUCGUGCCAUGGCCACCACGCCUCUUCUGCCUCCGCUUAUGACCGGUCCUAUCGGCAAGCCGCCGCCUCAGUCUCCUCUUCAGUCGCCCACUGUUGAGUCGGUGCCUACGCCGCCAAUGGUUUCUUCGGCCGCCCAAUCACCGCACCUCAUGUCCGCACCAUUUAUGCGAUCCUCGCUAUCCUCUCGUCCAUCGAUCCAAUCGCUUCGCAAUAUCUCAAACAGCAGUGAGCUUCCCCUUGCUGUUCCCGCUGCCCUACCCUCGAUUCUGCAGGAGCACGACGAGUGGUCCGAUCGUCUUGGCCACGCCAACUUCACCAUCUCACCUUCACCCUACGACCUUUCUGCAGUCAACCCAGAGACGAUUGCCAAGUUCCAGAGCGACUGGGACGCAGCGCGAUGCAACUACACCAAGCACUUAGUGCGUACCGGUGAAAACUACGGGCAGACGAGCAAGAUUUACGCACUCACGGAGGCCAAAUGGGCCGAGACGGAGCGCCGCUGGCGGAGCAUCUACGAGGAGGCGGUCAAGCAAACCUUCUCUUCAGUCCCGAUGUCAAAGACCGGUUCUCGCAGCCGCAGCCGUGGUCGCGCCCGGGGUCGCUCUGUCAGCGCUCACCCUGGAUCAAUGCCAGCCAGUCCUCACGGUGACCCGUUUGCUGGCAUGGAGUGGAAGCGCCUCGAAGACAGCAUGCCCAGCGCUGUGCCUCAGAUCCUCGAGGCCCUCGAUGCCGCCCAAGGCAAAUUCCCCAACCGCGGUGACGAGGACAUUGUUGGCCCCAUGCACCGCGAAGUUUCCAUGGCUGGCGCGUACACCGAGGACUCGCGAUCGCGCUUCUGGAAGAGCCUCGGAGCCAAAGUUGGCAUCCAUCGAUAA